AGUGACAUUUUUUUCAAUAAAAGUAACCCUUUUGAACACAUAAAGCGUAUAUGAUCCACUAAAGUUACCCUUUAUUCUAAUAAAAGUUACCCUUUUAAAAUAAAAAAAAGUUACCCAUUAUAUCUUCACUCAUAAAACAUUACUCUUAUAUUUGCAGAAGUUACCCAUAAUCUAGAAAAAGUUACCCAUAAUCUACCAAAAGUUGACAAAAAAAAAUGAAAAAUCAACAAAAUAAACAAAAAAAAAGAUAAAAAAAAAAUAACAAAAAAGAGAAAAAAAAAAAAAGUUAGAUCACAACUUCAGAAAUUAUAUUGGUACUUCAUAUAACAUCGAUUCCUUUGUUUGAAAAGUACAAGGAGCAAUUAUCUUUUUCUUUUUUGUUAAAAAAACACUUACCAUUAUAAUUAGAAGCUGAGAAAAAAAACCAUAAAGUAAUUAAGACAAUAAACUUGAAAAUCGAAGGGAUAUAAUAAAUGGAAGGCAGAAAAAACUUGAAUCACCCAAAAAGAAUAGAAGAGAAAGUCUGAGUAGAUGAAGAGGAGAGAGAAAAAAAAAGGAGGAGAGAGAAGUUCUAUGGGAAAUGAGAAUGAAGGAGCGAGAAAUAUGUUUAACUUAGGUGGGUGACUAAAACCUUCCUUUUCUUUCCGCCGCCAUUCAGUAAAAUACUGUACACCGGGUUUUAUUAAAUAUUUGUUAAAAAAAAAGGGACCUAUCACAUACUCCUAAUUGAAAAUUUUUAACCAAUCAUAUUCAUUGUAAUUUGGCACAAGGAUUAUGAGUGAGAUUAGGUAAGGUUGAAUGAGAAAACAUUAAAUAUAAAACAGAAAAAGGGAGUUGAUUUACUUAAAAAAAACUUAUCAAAAAUAGAAAGGAGGAAUGUAAUUUUAAAAUACCAAAAAUAAAAAGGAGGAAUGUAAUUUAGGGAAGGAGGGAGUAUCAGUUUAAAAAUAGAUGCUCUAAAUUCAUUAUACAAAAUGUUUUAAAAAAAAAAACUUUAUACAAAUAACACAGGAUUAAAAAAAUUAAGCUUUGCUAAAAUAUCAGGUCCAAAACUGAAAUUGUAAACUCGUACAUCAAUUGUCAUUUGUGGCUAUCUCUACAUAAAAAUUGGGAGCCCAAAAAAGCCCAAGAAGGUAAAACCGUAGAAGAUGAUGAGUUUAAUUCAGACUUCAGAACACAACAGAGCAACAGAGUAAUGGCUGUAAUGACAACAUCAAUUUCUGCAUCAUCACCUCCACCAUUUUCCCCCAUUCCCGCCAACUCCAAACACAGAAACAAUCCUAACAAAAUCCCUCCAUUUUCAACCUCCAUUAAAACCCAGAAUCCAUCACUUCAGAAAUCCCCAAAAUCCCCCAAAAUUUCCCCCAAAAAUCCCCGAAAAACAGCUCCAAAACGAGAUAAAUCAACAUACCCUUGGUCAUUUCCACUGCAAAAGAAAAACCCACAUUCAAUUUACAAAGAUAUUCAGAGAUUUGCAAGAAGAAACCAGCUCAAAGAAGCUCUCACAAUUCUAGAUUAUUUAGAGCAACAGGGUAUUCCUGUAAAUGCCUCAACUUUCUCUGCUGUGAUUGCUGCUUGUAUUCGUUCCAAAUCGAAAACCGAAGCGAAACAGAUUCAUGCCCAUAUCAGGAUUAAUGGGGUUGAAAACAAUGAAUUCCUUAAACCCAAGAUUGUUCAAAUGUAUGUUUCUUGUGGAUUAGCGGAUGAUGCCAAAAGGGUAUUUGGUGAUGAUGAAAAUGAAGAAUCUAACAGUGUUUAUUCAUGGAAUGCAUUGCUUAGAGGUAAUGUUGUUGUAGGUGGAAAAAAAUACAAGGAUUUAUUGUAUACUUUUGCUAGAAUGAGAGAAACUGGGGUUGAAUUCAAUGUGUAUAGCUUUUCUUGUUUGAUCAAGAGUUUCGGCGGCGCGGCGGCUUUCAGGCAAGGAUUAAAGAUACAUGGAUUGUUGAUUAAGAAUGGUUUUAUUGGUAGUGAGAUGUUGAAGACAAGUUUGAUUGAUAUGUACUUUAAAUGUGGUAGAGUUAAGCUUGCUUAUCACCUGUUUGAUGAAAUGUCUGAGAGAGAUGUUGUUCUUUGGGGUGCAAUGAUUGCAGGGUUUGCUCAUAAUAAGUUGCCUAGAGAAGUGAUUAGGUAUGCUAGGUGGAUGAUAAAGGAAGGUGUAUUGCCGAAUUCGGUUGUGUUAACUUCAAUGCUUCCCAUUCUAGGGGAACUUGGGGCUUGGAAGAUGGGUAAAGAAGUUCAUGCCUUUGUGAUCAAGAGAAGAAAUUAUAUGGAGCAGCCGUUUUUGAAAUCGGCUUUGAUUGAUAUGUAUUGUAAGUGUGGUGAUAUGACUUAUGGGAGGAGAGUGUUCUAUAAUUCCGGUGAUAGGACGACUGUUUCAUGGACUGCUUUGAUAUCUGGUUAUAUAUCAAAUGGUAAGCUUGAUCAGGCUAUAAGGUCAAUUAUAUGGAUGCAGCAAGAAGGGUUUAAGCCUGAUGUCGUUUCGUUGGCAACAAUUCUUCCGGUUUGUGCUAAGUUGAAGGCGUUGAGGCAAGGAAAGGAGAUACAUGGGUUUUUGUUGAAGAAUGGAUUUCUGCCUAAUGUAUCAUUGAUAACAUCAUUGAUUGUGAUGUACUCGAAAUGUGGUGUCUUGGAGAUUAGUCGUAGGUUGUUUAAUGGUAUGGAGGCAAGAAAUGUGAUUGCCUGGACAGCUUAUAUGGUUUCUUGUAUUGAAAACGAGCAUCCAGUCGAAGCCCUUGAUGUAUUCAGGUCAAUGCAGCAAUCCAAGCACAGGGCGGAUUCUGUUACAAUGGCUAGAAUAUUAGAACUUUGCCACGAACUCAGACUGUUGAAACUUGGGAAAGAACUCCACGGACAAGUAUUGAAGAAGGGCAUUGAGUACGUUCCUUGGGUUUUAGCACGACUUGUAAAGUUGUAUGGAAAAUGUGGAAUGAUUGAGAAAGCAAAGUUGUUGUUUGAUCUCUACCCUUGCGAUGGUGUAGUAGCACCAACUGCCAUGAUGUUGGCUUAUGGAUAUAACAACUGUUUUAGAGAAGCGCUUGCUCUUUUUAACGAAAUGUUGAUUGAAGGUAAGCCUCCUAAUACGGACACCUUAGAUGUGGUUUUAGCUAUUUGUGAUCAAGCUGGAUUCGCAGAUGAUGCAGGUAAAAUCUUCCAACUCAUGACUCGAAAAUAUAGAAUCAGGCCAUCUAAAGAGCAAUACGCUGUCAUGGCUGGACUUCUUACUCGUUCCGGUCAGCUUCAGGAGGCUGAAAGAUAUAUUCAAUGGGGUUCCAAGUUGGAUUCUUAAAAUCAAGUAGUCCCUUCUUCGGAGAUUGUGUAGGAAUUGACAGGUGCAAUAGGAAGCAAAACUAUUGUGUACUUGUAUUGUAUCUAUGUAUACAUAGCAUUCAUUGACAAACUAUUCAUAAGAAAGGUUUUCCUACUGUAAUUUUUUGUGCAGCUUUUUCAUUCGCAACCUUGAUUGUCAUAUUUCAUUCUGUUAAGUGUUAAUGUCUGGUUCUGCCCCCGUUCUAAAAUUAAAACAUGCUGAGAACCU